UUACAAAAGACGGUCGGCCGAGGCUCGAGCACUUUGAAGAGCAGUGGAGAUGGAUUUAAACGUCAUCAUACAGCAGGUGGAGACGGGGGACCAAGACGCGGCUUUGGCCGCGCUACAGAUCUUCAUUAAAGAGAAGAACCAAUGCUUUACUUUCAGUAAGGAAGAAGAGGCUGACAGAGAGCACCUUGGGGAAUUGGUCCUUGGCUUUCUUGAUGGGGAGCUGCAGCCAUCCUGUCUGCUGGCCUGUCUAGAAACCGUUCGCAUCCUCAGCCGAGACAAAGACUGUCUAUCACCCUUCAUCACCUCCUCUGCCUUUGCUACUCUUGCUCGCCAUGCCGGCAUCACUGUGGCAUCAGCUAAACCAGAUCACAACCAAUCAGGGGAAGGGCAAGAGAGUGGAGGAGAGGGGGGUGAUGUGUCAGAAAACCCUGACCUGGAAGUGAUUGUCGAGGCUCUGAAGUCCAUCUGUAACAUCCUGCUACACAACAAGACUGGGCUGGUGGUAGCAGCAGAGCUGCAGCUGAUGCGCGGUGUGGCCGAGAGGCUGAAGCAGUGCCAUGACUCCACAUGGAACCAUGAGGUACGUUUCUUUGACUUGCGUCUCACUUUUUUGCUGACCGCUCAGGACGUUGACAUCAGAGCACAGCUGGCUCAAGAUCUCCACGGCAUCAGUCUUUUAGGUAACCAGCUGGACGCCACGCUGGGCCUGUGGUCAGAGGGCAUCCCACCUGAAGAACUAGCUCCUCUCACCAGGCAACAGACAGAGCGGGCUUAUGAGAUACUGAAAAUACUGUUCAAUAUCACAUUCGACACGGCCAAACGCACGGUUGAUGAGGAAGAGGCAGCAGAGUACAGGCAUUUGAGCGCCAUCCUGAGGCACUGUUUACUAAGUUCCACAGAUGAAGAGGAGCGCACUGAAGAGCUGCACAGUCACACAGUUAACCUACUAGGUAACCUCCCCCUGCCCUGUUUGGAUGUAUUGUUGAUGCCUAAGGUCCAACAUGGCUCCAUUGAGUAUAUGGGGAUCAACAUGGAUACUGUCAAUGUAUUGCUGGAGUUAAUGGAAAAAAGACUUGACCGGGGAAAUAAGUUAAAGGAGACCCUGCUCCCAUCUCUUAACCUGUUGACAGAGAGUUCCCGUACACACCGAGAGACGAGAAAGUUCCUAAGGUCAAAGGUCCUGCCCCCACUGCGAGAUGUAAGAAACAGACCAGAGGUUGGAAACUCUCUGAGGAAUAAAUUGGUCCGUCUGAUGACAGACAUUGACACCGAUGUCAAGAACUGUGCUGCUGAAUUCCUCUUUGUCCUCUGCAAAGAAAGUGUCUCUAGAUUUAUUAAGUACACAGGUUACGGCAAUGCUGCAGGACUAUUGGCUGCCAGAGGAUUGCUGAGGGGUGGGGGACAUUCUGGAUUCUACUCCGGCGAUGAAGAUUCAGAGACAGAAGAAUACAGAGAGGCCAAGGCACAAAUAAACCCAGUAACAGGUGUCGUAGAGGAGGAGCAGCCAAAUCCCAUGGAGGGAAUGACUGAGGAACAGAAGGAAUAUGAAGCCAUGAAUCUAGUCAACAUGUUUGACAAACUUUCAAGGAAUAAUGUGAUCCAACCAAUGCAGCUUGGGAGGGAUGGGAAGAUGAGAGAGAUGAACGCCAAGGACUUGAAUAAGCAAAUCCACAAUCCUGUUCUCCACACUGAUGAAACAGACAGUGAAGAGGAGGCUUAGAAAAUGUAUAGACAGACAGAUUCAUCAUUCACUUCAUCAUCUUCAUGUGUCAAAUUUUAUUUGGGCUCUGUUCUGCAGCACAACACACCCAGUAAUUGAACAUACAUCAUCACAUUACAUAACAGCUUUGGCAACAACAUUAGAAUACAAAA